UGACUUAAAAAGAGUUGUGGCUAAGGUAAGUUAAGACGAUUAGAUUCUUGAUUUUGAGCGUAACAUGAAAAAAACUUGAGGCUCACAUUUAAUGCAAAUGAACUUUUCCCUCUGUCUUCUUCUUCAUCAUCAUCAUCCAUAGCUCCAAUUAGCAGAAAAACUAAAAGAAAAUGACACUCCUUCAAGCUCCAUCUUCUCCAACUCUAACAUUUCAUCAGUAUUGUACUUCACAAUCCAAAGCAGGGUUAUAUGUAGCUGAGAAGUCUUUUAUUCAGUCUACUUUGAGUGGUUCUUGUUUUUUGUCCUCUCAAAGGCAAGUGAAAGGUUUGAACUUUUCGUAUACAUGUUCAAGAUUGAGCUCAGUUACAGCUAAAGCUGCUUCAAAUGGAGUGUCAGGUCAAACAGCCGACUCUGAAGUACUUAAAGCCCUAUCCCAGAUAAUUGAUCCUGAUUUCGGGACUGACAUAGUCUCUUGCGGAUUUGUGAAGGACCUACUGGUUGAUGAAAAUUUGGGAGAGGUUUCAUUUCAGUUAGAGCUUACAACACCAGCAUGUCCAAUCAAGGACAUGUUUGAGCAGAAGGCUAAUGAAGUGGUUGCUGAACUUCCUUGGGUUAAAAAGGUCAAUGUGACAAUGUCAGCUCAACCAGCAAAACCUAUCUAUGCUGGACAGCUUCCCGCCGGGCUACAAACAAUCUCCAACAUAAUCGCUGUUUCUAGUUGCAAGGGAGGGGUUGGUAAAUCAACUGUAGCUGUCAACCUAGCUUACACUUUGGCUGAUAUGGGAGCUAGAGUAGGUAUAUUUGAUGCAGAUGUAUAUGGUCCUAGUUUGCCAACUAUGGUGUCCCCAGAAAACCGGAUACUUGAAAUGAAUGCAGAGAAAAGAACCAUCAUUCCAACUGAAUACAUGGGUGUGAAGUUGGUAUCUUUUGGAUUUGCUGGGCAAGGGCGUGCAAUUAUGCGAGGUCCCAUGGUUUCUGGGGUCAUCAACCAACUGCUGACUACUACAGAAUGGGGAGAAUUGGACUAUCUAGUUAUUGACAUGCCCCCUGGAACUGGUGAUAUUCAACUCACUCUAUGCCAGGUUGUUCCUUUGACUGCUGCAGUUAUUGUUACUACACCUCAAAAGCUAGCAUUUAUUGAUGUUGCGAAGGGUGUCCGUAUGUUCUCGAAGCUUAAGGUGCCUUGCGUUGCCGUAGUUGAGAACAUGUGCCACUUCGAUGCUGAUGGAAAACGUUACUACCCCUUUGGCAGGGGUUCAGGGUCUCAGGUUGUCCAGCAGUUCGGAAUACCCCAUCUAUUCGAUCUCCCUAUACAACCAGCUCUAUCUGCUUCUGGAGAUAGCGGAAUGCCUGAAGUGGUAGCUGAUCCUCAAGGUGAAGUUUCCAGAACGUUCCAAGAGUUAGGCGUGUGUGUAGUACAACAGUGUGCCAAGAUUCGUCAACAAGUAUCAACUGCAGUGAGUUAUGAUAGAUCUUUCAAGGCAAUCAAGGUCAAAGUACCUGAUUCCGAUGAAGAGUUUUAUUUGCACCCUGCAACUGUAAGAAGAAAUGAUCGUUCUGCCCAAAGUGUGGACGAAUGGUCGGGUGAACAGAAACUGCAAUACUCUGAUAUCCCAGAUGACAUUGAACCUGAAGAGAUUCGGCCUUUGGGAAACUAUGCUGUGGAAAUAACCUGGCCAGACGGAUUUAACCAGAUUGCUCCGUAUGACCAGCUGCAAAUGAUGGAACGCUUAGUUGAAGUUCCUCAACUUACUCCUGCAUAGGGAUGAUUUGAAGUCGAAAAUCGAAUACAAAUACAGUUUGGAAGAACUUUUGUAUUUUAAUUAUACGUAGAUAGAAAUUUUCACUACCAUUUUAGUUCAUAAUAUUGUUAUCUUUGUAGCAAAUCUUCACUAGUGUGUAUCAUUUUGUCACAGCAAUCUAUGCUUCAUUAUUGUUGUACAUCA